CGCACAUUUCCUUUGGAUAUCUGACUUACUUCGAUCUCAUCACGACUUUCAAGACAUUGAGACUCGAGGUCAAAGUACGAAAAUGCUUCCUAAACGUAGUUCUGUGUCCCAAGAACAAGAAGAAGACCCAUCCGACUUAUCCCCUUCUCACCUCGUCUCUUUCCUCACAAACUAUGACGAAACUCACUCCCAUUCUUCUUCCUCCGAACCGGAAGAACAAGCAGAUGAUUCAGAUGUAUCCGACGAGAUAGAUCCGGACGACGAGUCAACGUUUUCGACACCUAUCAAACGGUCAAAAGUCGGUUUAGUAGGAAACACCCCUUCAUCCAAACGUUCAACACCUUCAAAAAAGAAAACACCAUUUUCUACACCUCGUAAACCUCGUGAUUCUUCUAUCCCUGGUAGUUCUGCAAAAACUCGUAAACGCAUCCGACCCAACUCUGAAGAUGAUUCAGACCCAACCCAACGAUCUAAAUAUGAUAUAGAAGUAAAAGGAAGAGAAGAAGGUUUUAUAAGAAUGUCAAAAGCCGAUAAUUAUUUUCUUUCACAAUCACAAUCUAAAAGAUCUUCUCUUAAUUCUUAUUCUACAUUAGCUCCACCACUCAAUCAGAAGCAAUACGAUCAACUUUCUUCUUCCAGAUCUCAAUCUUCCUCAAAAGUGGUACAACGUCUCAUGGGAGAUUUAGAGAGUAGAUUCGAACAAUGGGAAAUGGAAUUAGAAGAAGGAUUUAAUUUACUUUUUUAUGGUUUCGGUUCUAAAAGACGUUUACUCAAUAAAUUCGUUUCUACCAAAUUGAUUAAAAAAGGUCAUUGUGUGGUUGUUAAUGGACAUUUCCCACAAAUGGGUAUUAAAGAUAUUUUAGUUGCUGUGGAAGAUUCUUUAGGGAUUCCUCAGGAUAUGGAUUUGGGUUUAAGUGGAAAUACACCGCUGGAGAGAAUGACAAAUAGGAUAUAUUCUUAUUUUCUUCCUCUCCAGAAACAUUCAGAUCAUGAUGGGAGAAUGAGAAAUGGAGAAGCCGGAACGAGGAAUGGAAUGAAGAAAUUCUCAAAGUCUUCUUCAGCAGUAGAAUCGAUAAGAGAGGAAACCAAAAGAUCAAAAAGAGAUCUUUAUUUAUUAAUACAUAAUAUCGAUUCUCCAGGAUUAAGAACAUCAAAAUCAUUAUCAAUCCUUUCGGUGUUAACUUCAAACCCAAGAAUACAUCUUUUAGCUUCUUUCGAUCAUAUUCAUACUCCACUUUUAUUCUCACAAACAAAUAAUAUAUCACCAUCUUCCCAUCUCGGUUUCAACUUUCUAUACCACAAUAUCACCACUUAUGACGAUUACACCCUUGAACUAUCUUACCAUCGUUUGGCGACUUCCAGACUAACGACGACUUCUACGGGUAUAUCAGAAGAAGCGGUAUUACAAAUCCUAAAAAGUGUUCCACCCAUGGCAGUGAGGUUAUUCAAACUUUUAGUAGAGAAACAAUUAAGUGGAAUGGGUGGGGUGGUUACUUCAUUAGAAGGUAUUUCUAAAGAAAGUGGUAAUGCAACCAUGCAGGUUGUUGUUUCUGAGGGAAAUGCAAAUGUUGCUGAUCCUAAAGAAGGUGAAGAUGUCGAUAAAGAAAAAGAGGUAGAAGAAGGGAAGAAGAGAAAUGAUAAAAAUCAAAUCAUACAAAAUGGAAUACCAACUUACGCCAUCGAUAAUGAUUUAUUACAAGGAUUAGCAAGAGAAAGGUUCAUAGCUAGAGAAGAAGAUCGUUAUAAUACACUUUUAGGAGAAUUCAAAGAUCAUGGUGUGGUUUUGGAAUCUUUGGUAGAUUCAGAAGGUAGGGUUGGAAGGUGGAUUUGGGUACCUUUAGGAAGAAGUGGGUUGUUGAGGGUUUUACAAAGUGUUCAGGGGGUGGAAUAGGUUGGUCAUAUAUUAUUAUUAUAUUGAUGAAAAGGAUUUAUCAACGUAAUCUCUUCGAUCUGGAUGAUGGUGUAGACUCAUCUAUAUGGUUCAAUGAAAUAGGAAGGGUGUAUUACAAGACUCAGAAACCAUGCAUCUGAGGACUGUUAUAUUG